AUGACUAUACUACCACUAUUUGAUUCACCAUGUUAUUCACAACCAACCAAGAGACAAAAGUCAAACGUCAACAUGAGUCUAGAUGGAUACAUGUUUAACGAAGAGUUGAGAUUUGUUCGUAAAAUUGGCGCAGGUACCUACGGUCUUAUAUACUUGGUGGAAAACAUAUACACCAAGCAACAAUUUGCAGCCAAGAUGGUAUUGAAACAACAACCAAUGAAACUUGGCACCAACACAUCAUCCAACAAGCAACUUAUACAACAACAGUUUUAUCAAUAUUUUCUCAAUCAUGUGAUACCCAAACCAAGAAGCAUAGACUUUGACUACAUUAAAGGACAAGGACACGAUUGUCAAUUCUUAACAGAAAUUGCAUUACAUUUAAAGGUACAUGAUCAUCCAAAUGUUGCAACCAUACAUGAAGUAUUUGAAUUGGAAAACUUUGCCGUUGUUAUACUACUAGACUACUUUGAGCAAGGUGACUUGUUUGGUAAUAUAAUUGAUUUACAAAUCUUUCAACAGAGGCGAAAUGAUAGAGAGAAACAAUUGUUGAUGAAGAAUGCCAUGCUACAGUUGAUUGAUGCCGUGGAGUAUUGCAAUCAAAACUCUGUAUACCAUUGUGACUUGAAACCGGAGAACAUAAUGGUCAAGUACAACAAGGACUACAGGAGGCCCCACACGGACUCUAACAUCAUCGAAUACAACGAAAUACAAAUCUUUUUGAUAGAUUUUGGUCUUGCUAUGGAAACAGAUUUAAUUGCAUGUAACUUGUGCAGAGGCUCAAGUUUCUACAUGUCACCAGAAAGAAUUACAAAUUACACUACAAGCAAACUAAUACGCAACAUGGUUGAUAUUGAAUCCUUUCCAGUUUCACUGAAUGACAAAUCUAUAAAAUUACUACCUACCUUGGCUGGAGAUGUUUGGGCUUUGGGUAUUCUUUUGAUCAACAUCAGUUGUUCGAGAAACCCUUGGCCUAUAGCAUCAUUUGACGGUCAAAGUGAGGUUUUUAUUAGUUACAUGUUGCAAAACAAAAAAGACAUCUUAUCGUCGAUCCUUCCUAUUUCGGGUCAAUUUAAUGACCUAUUGGAUAAAAUAUUCAAAUUGAAUCCAAAUGAUCGAAUUGAUUUGCACCUGCUAUCCAAUGAAGUGAUCGGAUGUGACUUUUUCAAUGACACACACAUCAAGAGAUCAACACAUCAUCAAACAAAUCCACAAUUACAUACUCCACCAGACUCAUUAACUUAUAAUUCAUACGCCAGUGAAUUUGAAGAAGAAGAAGAGGAGGAUGAUUAUGAUGAAGUAGAGGAGGAUGAAGAGUAUGUCGAUGCUGAAGAAUUUGCUGAGGUUCAAAUCUCACUGAAAUGUCCUAUUCAAGAGGCUUUUGUACGUGUUAUGCCGAGAUUUUCUCAAGGCACCAGCACUGCAAUUUGCUAA